UACAUAAUUUAGAGCGUAGGUACACUCUGGUACAGUACGACUUACGAGUACUUACUUUAACCAAAUGACCAGGAUGGCCACGUUGAACUAUGCGCGAUAUUAUCUACUAGCCGGUAAGCCACCAUGUUAUGAUGCUGGCAACGGGACGUAAACAGCGAGCAAGCAGGCGGCAGCCUGCUGAUGUCUGUUGUGAAUAUUUCAGUUUUUCCCGCCUGGAUGGUCGUGCUCUAUCCCACCGCUCGCUCGUUUACCUUUUCUUUUCUUUCCACUCAAAUUACCGUAUUUGCGGAUAUAUAUCGGGCAUACCGUGUAGUUCCGCACGAUAACCUUUGACGUCAGGUGGGAUCUGACAGCGCAGUGUUUUGGUGGGUUAUCCUGUUUCUUCAUCCGGUAUACGGCGGCAGCGCGCAGCCUUAUUGCUUGCUGAAUGCAACACCCUUUCAAUCAUGUAGCCAACCUGUCUAUAAUCCAAUCCGACGGCCGCAAUUACAUUAUUGGCAAAUUUGGAAACACAGGUGCCUUUAAUAUCCACAGAGGAGAAUAUGCCAUGGAUGUGGAGAUGAUCAAUAUGUGUAUGUAGAGCUGAGCGCGCGCGGCGCGGACGAGAUGCAUUUGCGGAAAUCCUGCAAUUUCAUCACAAGCAUCCAGUUGGUGUGACAAUUACGCGAUAUUAUCUAACCAGAAGCGAGAAUACUGUCGGCUUACGGAGUGGCGCUGUACGCUACAGUGCGCAGCUGUGCGGCUGUGUAAAAUCCAAAUUCCUCGCGCAUUUCUGAAAAUAAAAAACGUUUGAUAGGACAUCCCGGCUUGAAUUUACAGAAACAUGCAGGAAAACAACGCACAAGCAACCAGCGUGGACACGGAUAGCAAUGCAGGGGAAACCCGCAUUGAGAAUGUUUCUGUCCGAGAGAAGUCCAGAUCACGCAGUGAUCUGCGCGAUUCAGACCCUGUCGAUCCCAUUCCUCGCCGAUCGUUGUCCAUUGUCAGCAGUCGGAGUAAUACCAGCCAAAGGUCUCCAGAUGAAGAUGCAGACAGUCGUCGCAAAAGUGGUCAGAACGUGGAUGAUAGCGGAAGGGAAACGACAGAGAGAAAGCCGGCAUCGCCAGCCCAUUCGGAAAUCCCUUCGACGAGCGGCACCGGCUCUGCACCGCACACAUGCGAAAAGCCUCGUUUCAGGAAAGAAGAACAGGUGUACGUCAAAACAGUAACAUGCAUGGGAUCUGCGUGUGAUCCCUAUUGGUAUACCGGAAGGAUUAUCGGGGUGGGAAAAGGGAAUUAUGAUAAGCAUGAUGGCACAGCACCGGCUGUGGUCCCGUGUUACAAGAUCCAUUACCAUAAUUCCUCGUCCAGCUAUGACGAAUGGGUGUUCGGUGAUUGUUUAAUGUCAGCGACUUCUAUGGAGAAUCAGUAUUUAGCCGCACGUGAUAAUGCUCGAUAUUAUGCAAAAACCAAAUCGUCAUACAGUGUCCGGAAAGGUAAAAAGAAGGGACGGGACGACACGCCAAGCAGCGAUGCAUCGUAUCGUUCGUCUGUGGAAUCUGAGAAAGCUACAUCCCGUAAAAAGCGUCGCGGAAAAUAGUCGGUUUGAAAGAAGCGAGCAGUACGGUUGUCAUACCGUCGGCUUUCACAUGAUUUUGAGGGAUCAAAUUUCCUGAGUCCUGGCGAUACCGUAUCUGCUGCGCAAGCAUUCCUUCUUCGUCGGACCGAAUUACAAACAACGCGAAUGCUACAAAUAGAUCUGCGAGUUUUUUAUUUCUUUAUUCAACCGAGAAUCUCACCAAUAGUUUUGUAAAUUUGCAUUCGUAUUUUGUGUUGCUAAUACUUUGUGUUGCUAAUGUUAGCUCCAUUGCGCAUUAGAUGAAUGGUUUUAAUUUUUACUUUGCGCCAAAAUUUCUAAUAAGCCGUCAUAAGAUUUCAAUAUUAUUUCCUGUUGACUAAUUUGUCAGUUAUUUAGUGCUUGAACACAAUAUUUUGUGUACCUACUCAUUCACUAAACCUUCACCAGUAUUUCUCCCGGCGAUAGAUUUAUAGACCGUCGAUAAAUUUUUAAAAAUAGAUAACUUCGUAGCAGAUAAUGCCGUGCGCCUGUGGUUGAUAGCAGUG